AUGACCAAACCAAGAAGGGUAGCUCUUUCCUCCCACAACUAUGAUGAUAAGAAUCACAAUCAUGAAAGAAUGGGGAAUAAUGUUCAUUCGGAACGUUCCGAUAUUUCAACCAAUUCCAAGGAAUCAUCAUCGUCGCUGCCAAGAUCAUCCACUUCUUCAAAAUUUUCUUCCAUUCUGAUUGCUGUAUUACCGACAUUAUUAACUUCCGUUAUGGAUCUCUAUAUUGAUAUGCACUUGACGAAAUAUUAUUUAGAAGAUAUUUGUUCCGAUAAUUCCAAUCAUGAUCAGCCAUAUUCUUUACAAUGUAUUUCUCCAUCCCGAUUUGGAUUAAUUCAUUCCUUGAUCCGAUCUCUGAGUUUAUUUACUGAUUUUUUCAGUGCAACCAUCAUUGAUAGCCAUUUACCGUUUCAACAACCGACCUUAUUAAUAGUGUUGGCACCACUGUAUUGGUUCAGUAUUUGUGCCUUAUUCAUGGGUCCUUCAAUGAUUCACAAGUUUUCAAACCAUGAAAAUAUGACAAGGUGGCUAUUUUCAACCGAUGUAUGGUAUACACUAUGUUCCUUAAUGAAGAAUAUGAUUCCGUUACGAGUGUUGUAUGAUUCAAGCAUGAUGAGAAUGUGUAAAACUUGGAAUGUGAAAGAUCGAGCCGAUUUAUUUUU